AUGGCAAACACAGAAUGGGAAAAUCAAACAUACAUCACCGAAUUCAUCCUCUUGGGAUUCGGGAAUCUUCCAGAGCUGCAUCUCCUUCUCUUCCUGCUGUUUUUAGCCAUCUACAUUUUGACCGUGGGUGGGAACCUCCUCAUCAUUCUCCUUAUUUUGACUGAUCAUCACCUACACACUCCCAUGUACUUCUUUCUGUGGAAUUUGUCCUUCUUAGAAACCUGCUACACCUCAAACAGCCUGCCUAGGAUGCUGGAGAGUCUCCUAACUGCAGUUAUUAAACUCUCCUGCAGUGAAACCCACCUCAUGGAACUUGUGGUUUUCCUACUCUCUUCCAUAUUCUCUCUGCCACCAUUACUACUCACCUUGUCAUCUUAUUUAUGUAUCCUCUCCACCAUCCUGCGAAUCCCUUCCACCACCGGGAGGCAAAAGGCCUUUUCCACCUGCUCCUCUCACCUCAUUGUGGUCACACUGUUCUACGGAACCAUAAUCAUUGUUUAUCUGUUACCAAAAAACAAUGUACUGAGAAACCUGAACAAAGUGUUUUCUCUUUUCUACACUGUCUUGACCCCCAUGGCCAAUCCUUUCAUAUAUACCCUGAGAAAUAAAGAAGUUAAAAAUGUACUCAGUAAAGGUGUCAGAAAAAUUAGGGCUUUCAUGAGAGAAAACAUAGGCACAUAA